AUGGCAGAAAAUGUCAUGAACUCUGACUUGAACUUGCCUGAAUCAACCAGACCCAGAAUCCAGACGGUCCCUGAUGUCCAAGGGAAAAGCCAUUGCUCCAGAGCUCUGAGUUCCAGAGUUGCUGCACUGGCUGCUGUCCUGGCUGUGAUGAUUCUCGUAGUGGUCACAGCCCUGUAUGUGACACUCAGGGCAGGCAGCCAACAGGACUCCACAGCAUUGACCUCCCCCAGCCAAAAUGUCUCAGCACCACUGUCCCCCACCAUCCAAGAGGACUCAACAAAGUCACCCCCCAGCCAUGGAGAGGCUCCAGGCAAAAGCUGCUGUUCCACAACACGAGUUGCUGUCCUGGUUACUGAGAUAAUCCUGCUCCUCCUCACUGCUGUGUUUCAGAUGCUCCCAUGUAAAAGGCCUUGUUCCAGAGCACACAUUGCUGUGCUGGUUGUUGUCCUGGUUCUGGCUGUGCUGGCCCUCACUCUGUCUUGGACAGUCCCAGAUGGUCCAGUUGCAAACAGUCAACAGGAAUCAACAACGUGGUACCCCACCAGCAAACAGGACACAACACAAAUGACCCCCACCAGACAAGAGGGCUCAACAAAGUCACCACACAGGCAGGGAGAGGCACCAGGCUGUUCCCCACCAUGGAAAAAACAUGGGAGAAAAUGCUACUUCUUUUCUACAGAGCAGAGAAAGAAGGACUGGAAUUCCUCCCGUGCAGAAUGCACUGCCCUGGGCUCAGACCUGGUGAUCAUUGAGAGCAGGGAAGAGCUGAGUUACCUUCUCACACAAUCACGAUAUGGGUACUACUUACUUGGUCUCAGAUACUCUCCAGAGGAGCAGAAGUGGAAGUGGAUCAACAAGGUGGAGCAUGACCCAGCCAUGUUCCGAAUAGAAAGACGUUAUAUUGACUAUUACUGCACAGUCAUUGGAUUUGGUGAAAUAGGAGCUGCACCUUGUAGUGGAACCCAAACAACACAAAACAUGUGUGAAAAACCUGUAACAAUUUGAAAAAGGCAUCAGAAGGAGAGAUAAAAACAAGAGCUCCAGGCUGAUAUGUUAUCCCAGCUUCCCGUAGGAAACGUGGAUGGGAUGUGUCUCAUUUCUCUUCACCUGCCCAAUCUCUGCUCCCAGGGACUCCUGCAGCCCCCUCCAGACUCAUGGCCAAGCUCAGCCCAGCCUUUCCCUGAUGCUGUGUGAGCCUGGCUGGAUCCCCUCUGGAAGAGCUGGCUCUGGCACACAGGAGCACUCUGGGACUGUCUCAUGCCACAGGUGGCACCUGCAGGCAGGCAGUGCCAGGGGAGAGGAGUCCAGGCUGGGGCCAGGGCUGAUCCCAACCAGAUCCUGGCUCUGCAAGUCCCAUCCAUGCACAGCCCAGUGUUCCCAGCCCUGCCUGUGCCCAAGGAGACCCUUCCCCAGCUGGUCACAGCCUGGCCUUGCCUGCAGCCACAAGGGAAGGGCAGCACAGAUUUGUGGUUGGGAUCUGGUGGGGAAGGGCAAGGCCAGUCCUUGCCAGGAUGGACAGGACAAAGUCAGGGGUGGGUGUGGAUAAACCUUCUGCUGUCCCAGACUGUUCCAUGAGCACAUGGGAUCCCAGAGCCUGUGGGGGAAAUGGGAAUCAGCCCAAGGGAAAGAAUCCUACAGCAGCACAGCUCUGGGCAUAAAAUCAGCCCCAGUCCUGUGUGGGGAAGGGAAGGAGUGUCAGAUUUGGGAUCUGCUGGGAAAGGGCACAGGAUGGAGAGCAGCAGAGACCACGAAGGCCUGAAGAGCAGAGUGCCAAGAGAAGCUGAGCUGGACAGAAAACAGAACAAUGAAAGGCACAGUGAGCUGUGAAGGAGCUGGUGAGAAGUGUGAGAGUGACCCCCAGGGA